CACCGCGCUCAAUUAACCCCCGGGAGCGGCAGGAAGGGAGGCGGCGAGCGGGAGGAGGGAGCCCAAUCGCGCGGCGCCCCCGCCCCGGCCCCGCGCGGCGCCGCCUCCGCCAUUGCUGUGAGCAGGAGCGGGCGACGCGGAGGCUCGGAGCGCGGCCGGAGCCCAGACCUGCCGGAGCCUGGCGUGGGGCUGGCAGCCUCGGGUCCCCCGGAACCAUGGUGAAGUUGGGGAACAAUUUCGCGGAGAAGGGCACCAAGCAGCCGCUGCUGGAGGAUGGCUUCGACACCAUCCCCCUGAUGACGCCCCUCGAUGUCAAUCAGCUGCAGUUCCCGCCCCCGGAUAAGGUGGUUGUGAAAACUAAGACCGAAUAUGAACCUGACCGCAAGAAAGGCAAAGUGCGUCCUCCCAAGAUAGCAGAGUUCACGGUCAGCAUCACCGAGGGCGUAACCGAGAGGUUCAAGGUGUCCGUGCUGGUCCUCUUCGCCCUGGCCUUCCUCACCUGUGUCGUCUUCCUGGUCGUCUACAAGGUGUACAAGUAUGACCGCGCCUGCCCUGACGGCUUCGUCCUCAAGAACACCCAGUGCAUCCCAGAAGGCUUGGAGAGCUACUAUGCAGAGCAAGACUCCAACGCCCGGGAGAAAUUUUACACCGUCAUCAACCACUACAACCUGGCCAAGCAGAGCAUCACCCGCUCCGUGUCGCCGUGGAUGUCCGUUCUGUCCGAAGAGAAGCUCUCGGAGCAGGAGACGGAGGCCGCGGAGAAAUCCGCUUAGCGAGACGGGCAAGUUCCUUAACGGUGUCGCUUGAGGGUAACAAGGGGACUUUGAGGGACAUUUCAUCAAAUAUAAUUACUGAUAAUUUAUAGAGGUUACUCAUGUAUGGUGCAACCGCUUCUGUUUGCUAAUUGCUGCUUUGCAAAUACAACUUGCUGCGGACCAUUCACGGGCGUAAAGUCAAGUGCGUAUCAGCACUGCUUAGGGAGCUCUGCCACCACUUUCCAUGUUAGGGAAUCUUAAUUUAGUGACUUUCCUGGGAUUUACUGGAUGCUGUCAAAAAAACAAAAAAUUUACACUGGACAUGCAAGGGGUUUGAACUUCAGAUAGAUAAUACUGCAUUUUGUGGAAUUGAUUUUUGUUUUCUUUUAAACCACAUUGCUGUUUUGCAAACUUUACUCCACAGCCGUAUCUAGAGUGAUCCCUGCUGUGCUAACGGCAAGCUGUACUUCAUGUUUCUUCCCACCUCCCAGAACGGUACUCCAAUAGGCCAAGAAGCCCAUGCCCCAUAGUGAGUGGUGGAGGAGGGUGGGAAGGAAGCAGAGAGGCCCCCAGGGGGUGGCCAUGCACUCCUCUCCCGCGCUCACUGCUGAGUGCACAGGCGCUGCAGCGAGGCGGCGGCCUCUCUGUACAGGGGGCGCUGGCUGGGUGGAGGAGCCAGUGCCUGUGGACUGGGUCAGAGCACGUGAGGUGGGGACUCUGGGAGGAGGCAGGCGCCCGUCUCCCUGUAGGUAGUCUGUCUGCUCUGUGAUGGGCGGAGUAGGAAUGAGACCCAACCAGCCCUUUUGUCCAUGUCUAUUAUGAACAAGUUUGCACCGACAAGCCCGUUAGCAGGUUAGUUCUGAAACACUUAGUUGGGUGGGGAAAGUGAAAAGUGUAAUUGUUGGUAUAAGUCAAGGCUAUGUUGAUUUUUAUUUUGUGGAACAGAUGUAACUCCUUUGAUGUAAGAAACAGGCUGGAAAGGCUGGCGGCGGGGGGGGGGGGAGCUUCAAGUCCAAUUAUGACAUUUCCAUUCACAGUCUUUGUAAGACAGUUAUGUUUCAGCCUGAAUCUUGACAUUAAAAGUAUAUGUUUACAGAAUUGCCAGUUAGAUAAACCAAGUGUGUAAGACGAUUAAAUAGAAAAAAAGACAUCCACAGACAUUUUCUUCCAUGUUAUUUGAACGUGUUGUUUCUGGUGGACAUGUCAGAAGUUUCACUGUUUUUUGUUUUUUUUAGAUCAAAAAUAAAUGACAAAUAGUGCAA